AUGCGAAUAAAAAGAUCCUGUUCACCAAGUCAACACCUUAAAGAAAGUUUUCGAAGUAUACGUAGAAAGAUCAAGCAAAUGUUACGUGAAAGUCGACUAAAGUACAUCAACUCAAUUUGUUCGUCUCGUGGACAAAAUCCCAAACGUUUUUGGACAUUUUUUAAAACAAAAACUAAAGUAUCAAAUAUUCCAGAAAAAGUUUCCAUGAAAGUGAACAACACUGAAAGAACUUCUGCCAAUAACGCCGUAGAAAUUGCAAAUACAUUCAACACGUAUUUCGCCUCUAUCUUUACGCAUGACUCCGAUAUGGAUCACCAACGACAACAAGAACAUACGGAAACUGACAUUAUAUUGGAAGACAUAACAUUAACAAACGCUGAAGUGAUGGCUGUGUUGAGAAAUUUGGAUAACAACAAAGCUCACGGCCCCGAUGGAGUUCCUGCGCGACUACUGACAGAAACUGCGUUCCAGAUCGCUCCUUCACUUUGCGCACUCUUCAACAAAUCAUUACGCUGUGGCAUUCUUCCUGAUGAUUGGAAAUUAGCUAAUGUCGUACCUGUGCAUAAGCGAGGUGAGAAAUCCUACGUAGAGAACUAUCGACCAAUCUCAUUGCUUUCACUUAUCUCUAAAGUACUCGAACGUUGCGUCUUUAAUAACAUCAAACAUCAAGUAUUCCAACAAAUCAACCCUUGUCAACACGGAUUUGUGCCAGGAAAAUCGUGCGUAACGCAACUUAUUGAAGUAUUUGAACAGAUAGGGCGCAAAUUGGACAAUGGUGAACAAAUAGACGUGAUUUAUUUAGAUAUGUCGAAGGCAUUCGACAAAGUAAGUCAUACUAAGCUUCUUCAUCGACUACGCGAAUUUGGGUUUCGAGGAAACAUCCUGAACUGGUUCUCAUCGUAUCUCAGUAAUCGUCGUCAGCAAACAACGGUUCAUGGAGCAACAUCAAGACCUUUAGCCGUAACAUCCGGAGUGCCGCAAGGUUCGAUACUUGGCCCAUUGUUGUUCCUAUUGUACGAAAACCACCUCCCCAACACCGUGAACAAUUCAACUAUCGCCACCUUUGCGGAUGAUACGAAGAUCUUCAGAACCAUAAGCUCCACAUCCGAUGCAUCCUCGCUACAGGAAGACCUUACGAACUUUGAAGUGUGCUCCAGCAAUGUCAACCUGGAACUUAACGCUGAAAA